AUGGCAACCCUCCAACCGCUAACAAACCAAGUCGACAGAAUCAUCGAAAAAGAAUUUCAAUCAUUUCAUACCGUUCGACAGGCUCAUAAUGCUGUUUGGAGAUAUAUCAGAAGACACGACGGACUGGAACAGAUUCUGAAAAAUACGAUCCAGCAAGCUAAACAAAUGUUGUUAGGUGCUCCUGGAGCUUCAAAAAAUCGAGAAAAAUCCGAUGAAACUGUGAUUUAUACACUGGAUUAUGUGAAAGGAGUCAUGACGAAAAUGGCUGAAAAUCGAAUCAAAAGAGCUUGGAAUUUCGAUCAAGUUUGUAUAGCUCUAUAUAUCCGAAGAAUAUUCCCAGAUCUCGCGGAAAAUCCAGAAAAUCCAGUCACAUUUCUUAAGAUCACUUUCAGCUAUGAUUAUAUAGAUGUAAGAUUUGAAAGUGAAAAUUACCCCAGAAUUAAAAUUCGAUAUGAUAAGUCAACUGGAAUGACCCGGAUUUCGAGUGGAGGAGCUGAGAAAGUUCUGGAAAUGGGUACGAAUUUGGAGACCGAUGCAGCUCGGGAUUUGUGUUUUCUUUUGAACGAAACGAAAUUUGAAAUCGAAACUUUGGUAAUCGACAUUCAACGAUUGGAACUUUGUCAUCCAGACGAGGUGGGACAUGAAGGUUUUUUGGAAAAACUACAAAUGAUUAUGGAUGAAGAAUACGACAUGACUAUAAAAGUGAAGAAUUUGAAAAUGAAGAUUUUCGAAACCGAAAAAGGUUGGGCAGCCAACGACAGCAAUAGCUUGCUUUCCGUUCUCCUAUGUGUAACUCCUGGAUGGCUGAAGACGUUAUCUCUACGAACAUUGAAUCCGACUGAUGUCAAUAUUCAGAUGUCUGCAGUGAGCACUGAGCAAUGGAAACAGCUGAACAUUUUGGACAUGAUGGAUGGGAAGGUGGCUCAUGAUUGGAGGGAUUAUAGUCAUUUGGAAUAUGUUGGCAUUCGAAAAUUGACCGUUCAAGGGAUGAUGGACGUUAUUUCGACAUUCGUUGACAACCCUCCACGAGGAGAAGUCACCAUCGAAACGAAACUUCAAUUCGAACUUCCAACUUUCCUCAUUGUCGCUUCUCGCCAUUCAAAGUAUAUUCGUGUUACUAAAGAAAAAGAAGAACCAUCCGAGUAUAACACUCUAUACUUCCGGUCUGGAGAACAUCGAAUUCUCGGAUUCGCUUUGAAAAGGGACCAAAUAAUAAUUACCGUCGUUUAUCCGGAAAAUCGAAGGCUAGAUUUGUUCAAGAGGAUUCCAAUUGGACAGUUUAAUGUGAUUAAUAAGUAA